GCAGACUCUGUACUGCUAAAGUAACAAAAGAUUUGUUCAACAGUUAAUUUAUAGCCACUAUUUUUCUUGAACACUUUGCUCAGAAUACAUAAGCCAUGGGAAAUGUCACAUGUCUUAUAAUACUUGCAGGACUGUGUUCUCUCUGUCUUUGUGUGCAUCAGCAUCAAUAUGUCUUAUUCCACAGUCCAAAAACCUGGACCGAUGCACAGAGUUACUGCAGGGAAACAUGCAUUGACCUGGCCACAAUCGAAGACAUGAAGGAGAUGGAUAUGGCUCUUCAAAGUGUUGGAGAUGACUACAGUGAUGCCGUAUGGAUUGGGUUGCACAGAGGAAAGGAGCUAACUUGGCAUUGGUCUCUGGCAGACAAAUAUUUCUACAAGGACGGAGAAAAAAAUUAUAUAAAAUGGAGAAAGCCUUUAAGUCUUAACAACUGUGCUACUUUCAGUAAUGGAGAACUUUCUACACUCUCCUGUCUUGAAAAUAGACAUUCAGUCUGCUUUGAUAGAACAAAGCAAGGAGCAGCUCAGUAUAUCUUCAAUCCAAAUUUAAUGAAAUGGACCGCUGCUCGAGAUUUCUGCAGAGAAAACUACACAGACCUGGUCAGCCUGAGGAAUGACGCAGAAUACGCGACAGUCCAGGAAGUAGCCAAUGGAGCAGCAGUAUUUGUUGGUCUCUUCAGAGACCCGUACGAGUGGUCAGACCUGACUGACUCCUCACUAAGGUACUGGAGGGAAUCCCAACUGGUAAAUACAGAAUAUCAUCAAAACUGUGUUGCAAUACUGAAGAAUGAAUCUGGCAAAUGGGGAGACAGGAAAUGCACAGAAGUUCAUCCUGUCCUCUGCAAAUGCAGUAAGUAA